AUGCUGGAUGACGGCACUCAAAUACGGGCAUCGCAGAUACAUUUCGACAAUGAAGACCCGCCCGUUGACUUAACUGCCGAAGAAAUCCCGUUCGUAAAAUACGCCAAUGACAGCGAGGAGGAGAAUGAUACAGAUGACAGAAAUGUUGAAAACACAAAAAAGAUCAAUAUCAUUGAAAGUCCGGUCACGCGAUGGACAAGCACGGACUCAAGUCCCAAAUGCAGUUUCGUCAACAGUCUCCCUUUCAAACUCGUCUGCUCGAACACAUCCAAUUUCGAAGCGCAAUUUACUAAAUAUUUGGAAUCAAGCAACGCUAAAGCGUAUACUACCUUAAACCCAGUUGCAGGAAGAAAUAGGUCACCGAAGAGCCUAGUCAAGGACAACUACAAAAAUUACGAUGAGCACUAUAAACAACGCAACAAAGAUGAUUUUUCCAGUUUUACUCGUGAAGAGAUACUUAACAUGUUCAAAGAUUCCCCCGUCACAUCCUUACCGUACGAGGAUAACCAGAAUUAUAGCGAGAAGCGCCGGCAUGUUCGCAAAACGGAUCCUUCGCGUUUACAUAAAAGUUGGAAUAACAAACCGAUGCCCUACGCCGACGUGAAGGUGGGCGACAAGAAAAGACAGAAUUGUUUCAUUUGCGGCAAAAUUGACAAGAACUUGGAGAAGUUGUAUUUGUUUGAUACUGAAGAUCAGAAACUACAUCGAUGUUCCUCGCCGAGGAACUAUCCAACGCAACUAAAGACAAUAUGCGAGCAGUGCUUGUCUGAUAAUUUCAAACCUAGCCCAAUGAAAAGUCCUACACAGUCCUUGGGUGCUGAUGAAUAUUUGGUUAUUAAGAAUAAUCAACAGUUCAUAUUUAAAAAAGUCAUAGAUUUCAAAGUGCAAGAGGAUUCCGAAACUAUCGACAAUAUUGAAACGCAUAAUUUGAAAGAACCCCAAGAUGGGGAAAAGCUUGAAUUCGUAAAGGUCGAAAUUGGCUCCGAUGGGGAAAUUGUAACAAAAUGUAUCGACAACGACACCAGGUCUUCCGAUGAUGUGAUAAUUGUGAAAGAUGAGAAAAAGGAGAGCUCCAGUGAUAUUGAAAUUAUCGAACCUGAUAUAGAUGAUAAUAUAAUAGACAAUUUGGAGGAGGCAGAUGAAGAAGUGAAAGAAUUCUUAGGAAUAUACCAAUGCGACGACAGUAAAGAACUAAAAGAAUUAAAAUGCAGGUUUUGCGAACGUAUAUUUGAGACGAUUGCAGCGAUAAUUGAACACGGCGAAGAGCACAUGCACUGUUUGGAUGAUGGAGAAGUAUUCCCCUGUCCACUGUGCGAUUACGGUUAUGCCAAUUUUAAAUGGCUGAAAGGGCACCUCAAAGCUGCUCACGAUAAGCCUAAGGCUGUCGACAACGAUAAAGAUUUUGCUGACGACAAGCACAAAGGCGCAGCUGGUAGUUCCCCUUCCUCAUCGCCAGUAGCCAAGAGGACCAGGAGUGCUGUAAGAAAGGUUGAAAGCGAAAAUGAUAAAGACAAAAGUCCAGAAGGCCCCGAGAAAGUUCCAGAGGGCACAAACAAUUUCACUACGAAACUCGAAUCCGACGAGUCCACGUUGACCGUGAAGACGGAAGUGAAACAGGAGUGCCUGGACAGUAGCGACGACGAGGCCAUAUGGAUCGUGCAGACGGUGGGCCACGAGGCCUCGGAGCAGCUGGAGAGCUUGCUGAAGGGCAAUGACGAAAAGCAGGAAGGCGAAAUCAAGAGGAAACACAAAUGCAACAAUUGCAGCCAAACAUUUCCCAACUCUGAGAGUAUGAACUCGCACAAGUGUCGCCGACGCGGUAGGAAACGCAAGACUUCGAAAAACGACUCUGUCAUAUACGUGCCCUCCGAAGAGGACUUUAUCAGGAGAGCGCAAGGAAGACCCAGGCAAAAGCGAGCAUCAAUCGACAAUGACUUACUAGUUGUGAGGCCGCGCAAGAAGAGAGGUCGAGAGCCGACCUCCGACCCGCAAAUCGUCACCUGCCACAACUGCAACGAAUCGUUCACGUCCAAAGUUCGCCUCAAGUUCCACAUGCAGUUCCACGACACCACCCACCUGUUGACCCCCGACGGCGAGUACACGUGUCCCGAAUGUCCCGGGGCCCGCUUCCCCACCGAGAGCGAGCUCUUCGACCACCUCCACUUCCAGCAUCACAAGCAGAAGCGGUGGCAGUGCCCCGUCGAGGACUGCGGGAAGACCUUCUACUUGAGAGCGACGCUGACAAAGCAUAGCCGCACGCACACAGACACGAGGCGCUAUGUGUGCGUGACGUGUGGCAAGCGGUUCCUCGACAAGCAGACUUUGGACGAGCACGGAGUCACGCAUUUGCAAAUAAAGCCGUUCCAGUGCCACAUCUGUCUGAAGCAGCUGACGCGGCGCUCGCGGCUGCGGAUGCACUUGCGCGCGCACGAGGAGGAGCUCACGCCGCGGCUGGUGCUCGUCUGCGCGGCGUGCGGGCGCGCGUUUAGGGACGCUGGCGAUGCCGAGAUGGCGCCCUUAGGGAGGCGGGGACAUGUGUCAUCGCCCUUAGGAGGCCGGGGACAUGUGUGCCCGUUCCAGAUUAGGGACGCCGGCAACGCCGAGGUAGGUUUGGGCCACAUCACGUCUGAGCACGCAGCUGCCGGCACGCGCUCGGGC